AUCACCAAAUUCCCCUAACAGAAUAACCUCUGCAUCAUUCAUGAGUGAAAAGAAUAUAUGAGCCUAGUGCUAUUUUUGUUUAUUGGUCGACUUUUCGCUGGUUGCCUUGCAUCCUCCUCCGUAUGUCAUGAGAGCACAAGUUCUAUUGUGUAUAUCAGACAUUGAAUAAAUUCGAAGAUAGCUACAAAUUCUUGUGUUCUCACAACGAACGAUUAAAUUAAGAUACUUCAUUUCUUAACCUAGUUUCAAUUAAAUUGUCUAAAAAUGUCUACUCCCGCCAGACGACGCCUUAUGAGAGAUUUCAAGAGGCUUCAAGAAGAUCCCCCAACAGGAGUUAGUGGAGCCCCUACAGACAACAAUAUUAUGAUUUGGAAUGCUGUUAUUUUUGGCCCUCAUGACACCCCUUUUGAAGAUGGAACCUUCAAACUCACAAUUGAAUUCACAGAAGAAUAUCCUAAUAAACCCCCUGCAGUUCGAUUUGUCAGUCAUAUGUUCCAUCCUAAUGUUUAUGCGGAUGGAGGUAUUUGUUUAGAUAUUUUACAAAAUAGAUGGAGUCCCACAUACGAUGUAUCUGCAAUACUUACUUCAAUUCAAUCUUUGUUAAGUGACCCCAACCCUAAUUCUCCAGCAAAUUCUAUGGCUGCACAACUUUACAAAGAAAACAGAAGAGAAUAUGAAAAACGAGUCAAAGCCUGUGUAGAACAAAGUUUCAUUGAUUAGCGCUAAGAAUUGAGUUUCAAAUUUAAUAUUAAUUAUUUGAGAAAAACUGUAUAAUGUGCUUCAAAAUUUUGCCAAGACAUUUUCCCCCCUAAUUGUCUUUGUUUUUACACCAUUUAAAUUCAGUUUUUCCUUACCCGGGGUUUUAUUUAUAAAGUGUAUCCAAAUAAUAUGAUAUUUAUUGAUUAGAUGGGUUAUGUGCCGAAUUAUUUUUUUUUGUUGCAGAUGUUCUUUGAAAGAAAUAGGGAAUUAUGAUUUAGUUCAAAUGAGUUCUAAGAAUUUUGAUUUUAUUCUAAUUGUGCCCACUGACUCAAAUUCAAAAACUCUGCUGUUCCAAAUUUAAUGAAAUUUAUUGAAGAACAUUUCCAACUCUAUCUGUAGUACCUUCUUUUCAACUAUUUUUUUGUCUGUUUGCAGUCUCAGAAUUUAUACAGAGAUCUGCUUAUAUGAAUAUGUUGGUGAGAUACAGGGGUAUGUAAGAUAUAUAUUCUUGUAACAAUAAUAACUAUUUUUUGAAUUUACACGAUACAGAAUUGGUUCAAUUGUUCCAUUAAAACCUUCACCGAAUUGUUUGGCUUUACUCAUCGCAAACCUUACUGCCUAUUCAUUGGAAUAGUGCUCUAUGUGUUAUAAUAACUGAAUAUAAUAGAAUAAAUUAUUAUACUCUA